AUGGCUUCUCACUCGACUCCCUCCUCCUCCACCUCUUCAAUAUCAUAUCCUGCUCCAGAUCCCCCCGUCAUUCUUCCAGAGGACUAUACAGACAACGGCCGUCCUACCAGCAGCAGCAGAUCUUUUCUCAGCAGCACCCCUGCUCCAGGCAGCGCUAUCGAGGUCCAUACUCUUCAGCACGAGUACCAGCUCCAUGUCAAGCUCCCCGGCUUCAGCUGGGAUGGCAUCACUCUCGCCACAAAGCGCCGCCGCAUUCUGCAUGUAGUCGCCGAUCGUUGGGACCAUGGUGGGGGUCAUUUUGAACGUCGUGUCGCGUUUGGAUACGACGCCGAUCUCACUCAGGUCAAGGCUGAUUUUCAUUCUGAUUUGCUUCGUGUCACUAUUCCACGUCGCACAUCCGCAGUCGCCUCUAUGCAGUCAGCUAUGUAUGCGCCUAUCGGGAGGUCGUCCUAA